UUCCAUACUUUUAUGUGUGCGGCUAUGCCCUAGGUGUUGGUUGUUAUAUACGGUUAAGCCACUCUGGUUAUGAUAGCUCGCCGGUGCCGGACACCGGAGAGCCGCCGCCGGACAUUUCCAGCUCUCGGCUUCUCCAGUCUCAGAUUCUUCCGAUAACGGCGGUUGAGGUAAAAGAACAAACAAAAAUAAAAUUAAAAAAACAGAUACUAUACACGGUAUUUACAGUAUGCCUAAUACUAAAGCCAACAAGAGAGGGGCGCACGAGUCGGAGAAGAAUCGGAGGGGAAGGUUAGCGGAGAAAGCAUCGUCGUUUCAUGGAAGAGCUUCGGUUCAUCCGCCGUCCUCCGACCUCCGGCGACCAAAGACUGUUCCGGACUUGCUUUCUUCUGGCAAGGUAUUCGCUGGAGCGGCGGUUACAACAACGCCGCCUCGUCUCACGAAGCUGCUUCUAAACGUGACGAUCCAGGGGAGCCUGGGACCGGUCCAGGUGGUGAUGGCGCCGGAGAAUACCGUCGGCGACUUGGUGACCGCCGCAGUCCGUCAAUAUGUCAAGGAAGGCCGCCGACCAUUGUUGCCGUCCAGCGACGCGUCGCGCUUCGACCUCCAUUACUCCCAAUUUAGCUUAGAAAGUUUGGAAAGGGAGGAGAAGCUAAUUUCGUUAGGAUCGAGGAACUUCUUUCUUUGCCAGAAAAAGACAGAAAAGGAUGGUGGGAGCGUAACGACGUCGUCUGAUUCCAAGCGGUGUUCGAAGCAGGCAGAGACCGCGGCGAGAAAUGGGUUAGGCUGGUUGAAAUUCAUGGAUUUCUUGCUGUGAGUAGCAGUUUAUGAACAAUAUAACAUUAGAAGUUUUUGUUGAUUAAAGAAUAGAAUGGAGUUGUUGUGGAAGUAAAUCAAUUUGGAUUCAGAGAGUAGUUAGUAUAUGCAUAUAGGAAGUUGAUGCAAUUUGUACAGUGAAGCUAGAUGUGGUUCAUUAAUGGCGGAGGGGGAGCAAUCCUUAGUCCUUUGCUGCAAUUUUAAUGUGAUAAUUGAGUUUAUAUGGGUUAAUCUCGUGGUGGGUAUAGAUAAAGUAUUAUUAUGCA